CACCGCUACGCCAUUUCUUCCCAAAUUGAUUUGCUCAACACAUGGCUCUACGAACCCUCGCGACUGCUAAAACCCUAGGUGCGAUAUCCAGGUUUCAGCAACAUGUGCGUGGAUUGCAGACGUUCACGCUUCCCGAUCUUUCCUACGAUUAUGGCGCACUGGAGCCGGCGAUUAGCGGAGAGAUCAUGCAGCUCCAUCACCAGAAACACCACCAGACUUACAUAACCAACUACAAUAAAGCUAUCGAGCAGCUCGAUGAUGCUAUCACCAAGGGAGAUGCUUCAACUGCUGUCAAAUUGCAGAGCGCUAUUAAGUUCAAUGGCGGAGGUCAUGUAAAUCACUCAAUUUUCUGGAAGAAUCUCGCUCCCACCAGUGAAGGAGGUGGCGAGCCACCACAUGGUUCUUUGGGCUCGGCUAUCAACCAGAGCUUUAGUUCUGUGGAAAAAUUGAUUGCUAAAAUGAACGCAGAAGGUGCUGCUGUGCAAGGUUCUGGAUGGGUGUGGCUUGCUGUUGACAAAGAGUUGAAGAGGCUUGUGGUUGAAACCACAUCAAACCAGGACCCACUGGUUACAAAAGGUCCAAGUUUGGUUCCUCUGAUUGGCAUAGAUGUUUGGGAGCAUGCAUACUACUUACAGUAUAAAAAUGUCAGGCCCGAUUACUUAAAGAACAUCUGGAAGGUGAUCAACUGGAAAUAUGCAAGUGAAGUAUAUGAGAAAGAGUGCCCUUAAAAGAGUUGCAGGUUUGUUAAGAUUUAAAGGAUGCAAUAAAGAAACCCUAUUUUACCCUUGGGAUAUGAAUGAACAUACUGUGUAUGAAACCAGUUUUCCUGUUACAAAAUAGUUGCAUGGUUCAUACAUGUUGCAACAAAUAAUUUGUUUACAUUUACAGUUAUUGCUAUGUUUCUUGUUAUAUGAUCUCUCUCUUGAGUUUUCA